AAGUGUUGCGUUUUUUACUGCCGCUAACUUCAUAGUGGUUCCGCGUGUUGAUAGUGAAGACGGGAUCGAGGAGAAACAAGUUUUUCGCACCGCAGAGACCCGAACUCAAGCCGAAACCAGAGGAAAAUGGACAUGAAGAAGAGGGUCUCCUUGGAGCUGAGGCACCGGUCGCCGACAGAAGUCCAGGAGCUGGUUCUGGACAACUGUCGCUCUAGUGAAGGGAAGAUCGAAGGAAUCACGGCAGAGUUCUCGAAUCUGGAGCUGCUGAGCCUCAUCAACGUCGGCCUGACCAGCGUAGCAGACAUCCCCAAACUGGACAAACUCCAAAAGUUGGAGCUGAGUGACAACAGGAUAUCGGGCGGUCUGGAGGUCCUGGCGGAGCGGCUGGUGAACCUAACGCACCUCAACCUCAGCGGGAACAAGUUCAAAGACAUCAGCACCUUGGAGCCCCUGAAAAAGUUGCCCCAGCUGAAGAGUCUCGACCUGUUUAACUGCGAGGUGACCAACCUGGCCGACUACAGGGAGUCCAUCUUCAAGCUCCUCCCCCAGCUCACCUACCUGGACGGCUACGACAUCGACGACUGCGAGGCCUCCGACUCGGACGGAGAGGGAGACGGAGUCGAGGAUGAGGACGAAGAAGAGGGUGAAUCGGAGGACUUUGAGGAAGAGGAGGAGGAGGAUGAGGAGGACGUAGUAGCUGAGGAGGAGGACGACGACGACGACAGCGGUGACGAUGAGGACGGAGAGGUGAAUGGAGAUGUGGACAGUGAAGAGGACGAAGAGGAUGAGGAAGACGAGGAGGAUGAUGAUGAGGACUCGUCUCCGGCCAAAGGAGAGAAGAGGAAGAGGGACCCCGAGGAUGAGGACGAUGAAGAUGAUGAUUAAGGACCCGCAGACACCCCGCUAACCCCUCUGACCUCUCUCGCCCGGUGACCCCCCCCCCCCUCCGCCCGCAACACACCCCAACACCAACGACACUGGCCCUGCUCCUCUGACUCCUCCCCCCUCCACUCGGCCGUCUCCUGGGCUGCAUCUCCUUUCUGAAACUGGUCUCCUCCCACCGCGCUCUUGUCAGACCCCCUCUCGCAGAUAGAAACUGCUCCCGCUAGCUUAUAAAGCACCUCUGUAUUCCUCCCGGUUUUUCCUCCCUCGCGGGUUUUUGUCACGAUCCCAGGUGGUCUCUAGUCCGGGGUUUUUACUCACAUUUCCGCGGCUCGAUCCAAAGUAUUCCUUAACUUCUAAAAGAUACCCUGCUAUGUAAAGAACGACAAUUUACAUAAUAUAAUAACACAAAAGUUUCCCCUGAAGGAAGCUGGAUGAUAACCUGGUCUGUGAUUAUUACUUUCUGGCACCUGUGCGUUUGUGGCGACACACUUUUGCGAACUCAGGAAUAGGAUGCAAGCUUCAAAUUCACACAGCAGAUCAAAUCUCCAGCUAAUGAUUGUUUUCAUUAUCGAUGAAUCUGCCGAUUGUCGUCACGAUUAUUGGUUCUGUCUGUAAAAAAAUGUCUCUGGUUCCAGCCUCGAAGUGUCUUUCAGAGGCUGGAACCAGACAAUGUUUGGCAUUUCCGUUUAGAAAAAGGAAUUAAACAGUGACUUGAUUACCACAACAGUUGCAGGUUAGUAUUCGCUCCAUCAGUUCAUCAGUUUAUCGAGUUGUUGUUUCAGUCCUACGACGGAUUAAACUUGAGACUCUGAGGCCACAGCCCCCCCCAGCCACUUCUUAAUUAGAAAAUAAGGCCUGACGUCGAGCAGCAUGGAGUGCCUCUGUGACAUUAGCAGAAACCCUUUACUUUUUCACAUGAAAAGGAUUAUAUAAAUUAUACUUUACAAUAUGCAACUGGACAGAGUUGAUUAUUGAUUUUUGGCGUUAAACCUUGACAGAAAUCCAUGUAGGAAAGAGGCCUUUGGUGAUCGUGUUUUGUGGCUGAAAUGGGGGGAAAAACCUGUUCUCUAAAUACGAUAAAACAGAACCUCAGAUUAAAGAUAAAAACCCAUUAUUUUUCUGCAUUUCUUUGCGAUUUAUUACAUUGGCGGAAUUUUUGCGUUUCUCAGGACAUAACGUCACGAGGCGGCGUGUCUCUCCGUUUCAUACACAAGAAAAACACGUGACGGGAACGUAUCACAAUUUUAACUCUAUAUUUCUUCUCCGUUAACAAGUAAAGGCAUCAGUGGUUGCAAGAAGCUCACAAACGAUGCAUCACAGAGGCGAGAUUUUUGCUGUAAUCUAGUUUGUUUUCUUAGUUACUUUGUGAUCAAAACAGAAGCUUCUGUUUUCUUUCCUUGUUUGAAUCACAAACCAUCUCGAUCACGAGAAACGUUUGCUAUAUAAGGCUUCGAAAUCACUUUUGUGUUUUUUUUGUUUUGUUUUUGUGAUAUUUUGUUAGCUCAGUUAAAGUGUCGGUUUUCUCGUGGUCGUGGCGUAAUUACUCGGUGAACACAUAAUAACCAGGGUUUCAAGAGAGGACAAAACACGAGAAACAAAUACAUUUGGGUCUUUUCUGUGGAAGGAGAUAGAACAAGGGCUCAUGGGAGGUAACGGCACUUUUGGGAUGCGCAAACCCCCCCCCCCCCCCCCAAAACCCUUGAUUACUCCUUUUUGUCCCCCCGACUUUUCCAUCUUCCCCGACACCCCUCUCUGACAUCAUCACUCUGGGACUGAACCAGCAGCUUUGACUUCUUCACCGUGCUCCAGACAGGCUCUGCGAUGUCACUGACGGACAGUCGAACCUAGUGAAUGUGCCCCCCCCCCCCCCCAUUUCCCAGAGGCCGAGCGUGCUCAGGGCAAACUGUGUUCUCUCUCUUUUUUGCCAACAGAGCUUUUUAAAAGAAAUAUUUUUUCAAAGAAAUUGUUUUUUGUUUAAUUUUGUAUGGUUGUCUGGGGACACACACUCUCUCUCUGUCUCUCUCUCUCUCUCUCUCUCUCUCUCUCUCUCUCUCUCUGUCUCUCUCUCUCUCUCUGCCUCUGUUUUCAUUUCUCUCCUGAGAGAUCCAGUUGUUCCUUCACACUUACACUGAC